UACUGCUGCGAGGCAACCCCUCCGGGUUUCGAUCCCCCCCGAGGAAGGGGAGCCGGGAGUUGUAGGCGAUGGGCGUGGCAGCCGCAGAGCGGUGCAUACCGGGAGCUGUAGUUCACAGGUUUUGGCGGUGGGCGGCCUCUGACCGAAACCGGGCCUCAACCGGAUGGCGGUGGCGAGGCACGGCUGCCGGCCCUGGGGCUUGAUCCUCGGGCUACUCGGGCUGGCCUUGGCUGCCGUCGCCUCCUGGGACGUGGCUUCUCUGCGCUGCAGCUUCGGCUCGUUCUGCGAAUGCGACUUCUGGCCCGACUUGCCGGGUGAGGGGUGGGAGCUAGGGCGGAGGGGCGGGCAGCUCGCAGGGGCUGGAAACGUCUGCGGCCCCGCCGGCCCUCGCUGGCGGAGGUGGGCAUCCGAGAGCCUCUGGUACAAACCCGAGGCGAGGGUUUGGAGGUUGCCCGGUAGAGGGAAGCCUUUGACAGCGGGGCUUGUUCUCUGCACCUCUCUGAACUAUCCUUUUACCAUUUGUCUCAAGGGGUUGGUGCUGUCUGGAAAUAAGGAGCUCAAGAGCUGGGUCCAGGGGAACCUCACUGCCUGUGGCCGAUCUCUUUUCCUCUUUGAUGAGAUGGACAAGCUGCCCCCUGGCCUGAUGGAAGUACUGCAGCCCUUCCUGGGCCCUUCUUGGGUUGUGUAUGGGACCAACUAUCGAAAAGCCAUCUUCAUCUUUAUCAGCAAUACUGGCGGUGAGCAGAUCAACCAGGUGGCCCUGGAGGCAUGGCGCAGCCGCAGGGACAGGGAAGAAAUCAGCCUCCAGGAGGUGGAGCCAGCGAUCUCCAGAGCUGUGUUGGACAGCCCUCACCAUGGCUUCUGGCGGUCUGGCAUCAUGGAGGAACACCUGGUGGAUGCUGUGGUGCCCUUCCUCCCACUCCAGCGGCAUCACGUGCGCCACUGUGUGCUCAAUGAGCUGACUCAGAGGCAACUUUGCUGA